ACUAUGAAAUCUCAAGUUUCGUUACUCUAUCUUUUGGUGGUCACCAUCGGUUUUUCAGGAGCUCAAUCAGCUACGUUCACGUUCACGAACAACUGCCCCUUCACAGUUUGGCCCGGAACCCUAACCGGCGGUGGUGGUGCACAACUAUCCUCAACCGGGUUCGAGUUAGCAUCCGGUGCCUCCUCAACUCUAGACGUCCCAGCUCCAUGGUCCGGCCGCUUCUGGGGUCGGACUCAGUGCUCCACAGACGCCUCAGGAAAGUUCACCUGCGCCACUGCAGACUGCGGCUCAGGUCAAGUCGCAUGCCACGGCGCUGGUGCAAUUCCACCUGCGUCACUGGUGGAACUGACCCUAGCAGGAAACGGCGGCCAAGACUUCUAUGAUAUUAGCCUCGUUGAUGGCUUCAACGUCCCCGUCCUACUAUCACCUCAAGGCGGCUCCGGCGGAUGCAGCGCCACGACCUGCGCCGGAAAUGUCAAUGCGGUUUGUCCGGCGGAGUUGGCUGUGAAAGGAUCAGAUGGUGGUGUGAUUGCUUGCAAAAGUGCGUGUUUGGUUUUCAAUCAGCCUCAAUAUUGUUGCACCGGCGACCAUGGUACACCGGAAACCUGCCCUCCGACGGACUAUUCGAGGGUCUUCAAGAACCAGUGCCCCCAGGCUUAUAGUUAUGCUUAUGAUGAUAAGUCUAGCACCUUCACAUGUAACGGUGGACCUAAUUAUUUGGUUACCUUUUGUCCUCGAGCAGUAGAAAUGUGUGUUAUAUGA